CGCCGUUUAUAGCCAUAAUUAUAAACAUCAGACAAAUAUUAUAUUUUGAAUUAUGUUAAAAUUAUAAGUAAUAAUUAAACCGAUAUAGUAGAAUAAAAACAAAAGAAAAUCCGUUCGAAUCUUGUUAUAAUGUUACAAGGGGGCGACUUCAACGUUUUCUAAAAUGUCGUCUCCGGAGGAAAACAUGGCAGCCGUUAUGGAGUUGUUCAACACGGCUCAAGAGACUUGCAAGGUGAACGAAAACGAAGGAAUCGAAUUACACAAACGAAUUGUUGAAAUGAAUGAUGCUAGCAAUGAAGAAGUUAUUCAUAUUAAGGAACAGAGUAUUCUUCUUCUUGGAUCUUUGUUAAGUAAACAUGGAAGAGCAAAUGAACUAGGGGAUUUGAUCAAGCAGACUCGUCCUUUCUUGAAUAACAUUAGUAAAGCUAAAGCUGCUAAACUGGUUAGAGCUUUAGUUGAUUUGUUUCUUGACAUGGAAGCAGCAACUGGUGAAGAGGUCCAAUUAUGUAAAGAAUGCAUAAAUUGGGCUAAAAAUGAGAAAAGAACUUUUCUGCGACAGUCUUUAGAGGCAAGAUUAAUAGCUCUUUAUUAUGAUACCAGUGAAUAUAAUGAAGCUCUUCAACUUGGAAGCAGUUUACUUAAAGAGUUGAAAAAACUUGAUGACAAAAAUUUAUUAGUAGAAGUGCAGUUAUUAGAAAGCAAGGUUUAUCAUGCAGUUGGCCAUUUACCUAAAGCAAGGGCUGCUCUUACAUCAGCUAGAACAACAGCUAAUGCCAUUUAUUGUCCUCCAAAACUUCAAGCUGCAUUGGAUUUACAGUCGGGUAUUCUUCAUGCAGCAGAUGAAAGGGAUUUCAAAACAGCAUUUUCCUAUUUUUAUGAAGCUUUUGAAGGUUAUGAUUCAAUUGACAGUCCAAAAGCAAUAGUUGCCUUGAAAUACAUGUUGUUAUCUAAGAUUAUGCUAAAUUUACCAGAUGAUGUUCAUUCUAUUAUUAUGGGAAAAUUAGCAUUGAGGUAUGUUGGUCCAGAAGUUCAAGCAAUGAAAACUAUUGCAGAAGCAAGCCAUAAAAGAUCUCUAGCAGAUUUUGAAAAGGCUCGCAGUGAUUAUAAAAAAGAAUUAGAAGGUGAUCAAAUUAUCAAGUCCCAUUUGGCCACACUUUAUGACAAUAUGCUGGAGCAGAAUUUGUGUAGAAUCAUUGAGCCCUAUUCUCAUGUUCAGGUAAACUGUUCAAUAAAAAUAUUGUGUAGAGAAUAAGAUAAGUUUAUUUUA